UUUAGUUUUCUUUUCUUCAGGACUCGAGCGAACCCCCUUAUCACUUCCUACCUCGUAAACCAGGGUCAAGCUGGAAUUCUAGACUCCGUACACUAAAGGUAACCUCCACCUGCUGCGAGUACUGACUCUCGCAACUCGCUUAUUCCUCCGAAGUCUCCAACGACUAGACGGUGGCGUUAGGGACUUAGGAGCUUUUUCAUUUCCAUUCUGUAACGGGUCUUCGGACUGCUGGUCGCCCUGUUUUCAAUCUGAAUUUCUUAAUUUAAGAUCAUCCUUCCUCGUUUCCUUCCUUCUGACCCCUUGCAUUGAUCUGAUUAUCAUUCAUCAUUGCCCCUCCCCUGCUCUCUUCUACCUUGUCUGAUCGACAUCCUGGGUUGAACGGUCGCCAUGUUCAACUUCGAUACCAUGACCAAAGGUGGCACGCAGGUGUCCACCUACGGCGACGAGCCCAUGCCUAAGAGCCAUGUCCCCGCUAAAUACAAGGGCACGGCGGCCGAUCAGGCCGACAUGAGUGCCCUGGGGAGAGAACAGGUCCUGCGUGUACGACAGCCCUUAUGAGAUACUCAUUCUUGAGGUCGCAAUGUUAGCUUGCGUUCCUGGAUCGCCCCGCUAACUCCGUCCAGCGAAACUUUCGGUAUAUCUCUAUCGUCGGCUUUGGAUGCACGUUAAUUGCCACGUGGGAGGUGGUCCUGACACUGCUGGAGCAGGGCUUGACGGAUGGCGGUACGGCCGGUCUGAUCUGGGGUUUCCUCAUCGUCGCCUGCGGUUUCCUGCUGGUGUUCUUGAGUUUGGCCGAGAUGGCCUCCAUGGCCCCGACCUCCGGUGGUCAAUACCACUGGGUUUCUGAAUUCGCGCCGGCCAGCUGCCAGAAAUUCCUGAGCUACAUCACCGGCUGGCUCUGUGCAAUGGGAUGGCAAUGUGCCAUUGUCUCCAUCACCUUCUUGGCCGGAACCAUCAUUCAGGGUCUGAUUGUGCUCAACAACGAGAACUACGCCUUGGAGCGCUGGCACGGAACCCUGCUGGUCAUCGCUAUUACGCUGUUCUCCAUCCUGUUCAACACGUUCCUGGCGAAGAAGCUUCCCUUCGUCGAGGUGAUUAUUCUCAUUCUGCAUGUCUGCGGAUUGUUCGCCAUCAUCAUCCCCCUCUGGGUUCUGGGACCCCGUCGUAGCGCAAAGCAGGUCUUUACUGAGUUCAACGACGGUGGUGAAUGGGGCAGCAAUGGAGUUGCCACGCUGGUCGGAUUCUCUACGACGAUUACUUCGCUGAUCGGAUAUGACUGCGCCGUGCACAUGUCCGAGGAGAUCAAGGACGCCUCCGAGACGCUCCCCAAGGCCAUGAUCACCUCUGUCCUGGUCAACGCCGCUUCCGGAUUCCUCAUGUUGGUCACCGUCUGUUUCACGCUGGGUGACAUCGACGAGAUCCUGGCCUCGCCGACCGGGUUUCCCUUCAUUCAAGUGUUCUACAACGCCACCGAGAGUCUGCCCGGCACCAACACCAUGACUGCUAUUCUCGUGCUCACCCUUACGGCCUCUUCCAUCACCGAGGUUGCCACGGCAUCCCGUCAACUGUGGUCCUUUGCUCGUGACCGAGGGCUCCCCUUUUCUGGAUUCUUCUCCUACGUCACGCCGGGCUGGAACAUCCCGUUCAACGCCGUUAUGGUCUCCUUCGUGGUGACGGCGCUGCUCUCGCUGAUCAACAUCGGCUCCACCGUGGCUCUGCAGGCCAUCGUCACCCUGACCAUCAGUUCGCUUAUGUCGUCGUACGUGAUCACCAUCGGCUGUCUGCUUCUGAAGCGGUUGCGGGGCCACCCCUUGCCUCCCCAUCGCUGGACCCUCGGCCGAUUCGGUAUGGCCGUUAAUAUCGGCGCCUUGGCCUUCCUCCUGCCCGUCUUCGUCUUCGCCUUUUUCCCCCUGACCUCAACGGUCGACAAGGAGACGAUGAACUGGUGUGUCGUCAUGUAUUGCGGCGUGAUCAUGAUCGCCGUGCUGUACUACAUCUUCCGUGGCCGACACCACUACAUUCCUCCGGUGGCAUUGGUGAAGCGUGACGUGUAAAAGUUAUCUUGUUUUGUUUUCUUUGCCAGUCAGCGACCUAGCUAAUUAGCUAGGGGAUCUGGCUCCUUGCAAUUACGUUUGUGUAUGGAGGUCCCAUCCAAUAGUUUAAUAAUAGUUAAUGUCAAACUCUUCCAUGCC